AGUACAAAAUAACAAAACCGGGAAGAUAAUGUUACUGUUUCUGACCGGGACAAAAACAUGAAGUCUGAAAACUGGCAAGCCCGGCUUUACCGGGGCGUCUGGUCACCCUGGUCAAGGAAUCCAUUGCCGUCAGCUUCCAUCCGGGUGCUUCCAGCAGGAGGCGCCAAUCCGCUAACGUGACGUCACGACGCGCUCGUCUCCAUGGGAGCAGGGAGGAAGCGGAAGUGUGUGCGGGUUUGUUUACAUUGUGUGUGUGGGACUGCGUGGGGUUGUUGAGCUGCAGCAGCAGAGAAACUUGCUAAAUAAGUCAAGUGCUGACUGAAUAACAAAGAGAGGCUCCCAAUAUUAUUCAUAAUAAAAGCGUGAAUACAGAAAGGAUAUCAGUCUCAAGCUAACAGUCAGUGAAGAUGGACGUCAGCGUCUCCGUGUCGUUCUUUCAAGACGAGCUCGGCUCUACCAUCGAGCACGCAGUGAAAGCGGCUGUAGACACCGUCUUGUGCCAAAUCACAAAAGUUGUCGGCGGCAAAUUCACUGAAUUCCGAAUGGAAAUGGCUGGAAAGGAGAAAGAGAAUGAAAGUCUGAAGCUGAGAUUGGAAAUAUCAGAGAGCGAGUUGAAAGCGGUGCGGGAAUGCAUGAACGCUGCAGAUGCAGACAUUAAACAACCUCUCAGAAAUAUGAACCCCGACUGCAAUGAACAAGACUUUCAGAGGAACGAGAACCAGGGAUUAUUCAUCAGAGUUCAAGAUUCUGGAGAGAGACCUGCUUUCAGUGAAGCAGAGGAGGGGCCAGUGAUAGAAGCUGUUUACACAAAAGAGGAAAUCUGUGAUCAGGAGUGGUGUGGAAGAAUAAUGGAGAUUACAGACCUGACAAUUGUAGAAAGUAAAGAGAUCCCUGAACUUGAACCUGUCCACAUUAAAGAGGAGUUCGUAGAGCUGGAGUGUGAUCACAUCACAGAGGAAGUUAGUGAAGAAAAUAAAGUCGAUACACUGGAGGAGAAUAUAGUUAAUAUGGAAUCUAGCCGCUGUGAGGAUUGUCCUCCUGAACAGAUCUGCAUGAAACCCAAUCAGCCUGUCUCUGAAGACACUGGUUCUAGUGUUGGAGAAGAGGACACUGUGCUGGGGUCCAUUCAGAGGAAACAUCACCCCCCUCAGGAAAGAGCUGCAGAUGGAAAGGAGGGAGGAGCAAUGCCGUCCACGAGCAGCACAGCCUGUGAGUAGAAUGUCAAAAAUACAGUUUAUAUAAGAAUUGCAAUUGUUUUGUGAAGGAUUAAGAGUUUAUCAUCUUUCUUGCUU